UUUUUUUAGAAAAUUUAAAAAAUGAAAGGGAUGUGAUACUAGUAAAACACGAAUGCUUCAUUUCAAUUUCUCCGGUUUAUGUUAUUUCUGUAUUGUUUUUCUAUAUUAUUUAUUAAAUGUCUUACGUCAAAUAAACGCAAGUAGAAUGACUGAACGACUCGAUCCAUUUUUUCAUGGUCAUUUGACGAUAGGAAAUAAGCGUUAUCAAGCUAUGUGCGAUUGUCGUUUACCUACACAAACAUUAUCAGAACCCCUAUCAGAUGCAUUUCAAUGUAAGCCAAGUAAAAUUCUUAUAACACAGGACCAUGGAAAAAAAAGCUAUAAAGCAGAAACGUUAAGAAAAAUGUAUGCGCAACCACGAGAUAUCAUUUUUGUAAAGCAAAACACACAUAUGUUUGCUUGUAUGGAUGAUCGUAUUGCGGAACCGAGAAUGAUGAUUCCGGGUGGUGAUCUUGGAGAAUUCAUUUUAGGAUUAUUUGUUUAUAAAACUUUACUUGGUACCACUGAUUCCUUAACUAGACGCGAAAUUAAAAAUUUGCUAUUAAAAUUUGUUUCAACACUCCCUACGUCCCGUCGUUUUUAUCAUUGUAACGAUGAAAACUCUGUGAAUGAAAUUGAAAAAGUUUUUAGCAUUAUAGGUUUUGACAUGAGACAACCACAAGCAUCUAUUAAACCAUCACUAUUAGAAAUGAUAGCAGAUCCUCGGUAUCAAGGAGAUCUUCAUAUACGUUCGCUUUUAAAGUUUCCAGAUCGUUACCAUAUUUCCAAAAAUUUAGUCUUGAACGCUAUUCAAUCUUUUUAUGAAAUACUUUGGGGCGAACCAAUUCAAGCUCAAAACCGGCUAUAUGUUGAUAUUUUGACAGGAAACCAUGCUCCAGAAGCAUUUGUUGAAGUAGACGAAGGUAUGUCGUGUCAUAAUGCACAAUUUGUUCCUUUACUGCAACCUUACAAAAAUCGUGAUAAACUUAUUUCCAAAAUAUUUAUAGUCCAUACAACCGCCAUUCAACAUAGACGUCGUGAAAUGUCUCUAUUUUUACUAAAUGAAGCUAAAAAAAAAACAAAUAUCUCUUCAACUAUGACAGAAAAAGUUGUCUAUACUCGGUUAGAAAAAUAUGGACUUGAAUGGUUGGAAGCUACUAUGGGACUCGCUUGUACAAAUGUUACGUUUUUCAAGAUAACUUUCCAAUGA